UCGCUCGCCCGCUCGCACGUUGCUGAGCAAGAAGACAGGACUCUCUCACGCUCACUGGUUCACUUAUUUCGGUCCGCUUUCUCUGCACCCCACCAGCCCAGGUCGUUUCGUUGGCGUUUGCCGAAACCCAACCCGCCGCCAACGUUCAUACUCCCUCCCCAUCUCUCCCUGUCUCUUUUGAUUGUCUCUGCUGUCGGUUACUUGACGUCAACAUCUGCCUUUCCAUCUCUUCAUUUUCUUGAGUCACGUUAGACUGUCUUCACACACACACACACGCACGCACGCACACACACGCACGCACACAAGCACGCUGCAUUUGCCGAGCGCGUGCAGUCCCAUCACACCACACCACAUCAAAAGCACGCCGCUGCCACACAAGCCCGUUACUUGCUGCCAACUGCCACCCGUUUCCUCCUUGCCUCGCUCGGUCGUUUGCACGUUGCUUUCCCUCGUGUGCAUUCAUUCGUGGCCACAGUUACCGUUCCGACCAACCAUCUCUCCCCCCUCCCUCCCUGAACACGCGCCUGCUUUUUCUUGUGCAUGUGCCAAGUUUUGAUACCCACUUGCUCCUUUCAUUUCCUUUCCCGUCGUGAUUGUUGCUGUGACGCCUGGUUCUCCUUUCUCUCCACCUCCCCUUCACGCAGCGUGUGCCCAGCAGAUAGUCUUGUUUCUCGGCCACUUUUGCUGCCACCCCUGCUUCACGUGCACAGCGCACACAACACCACACCGUGCAGUGCACACCCCCAACACUUGCCAACCCCUUCCACCAUUCGCUCCCACACGCUCGCCAUGGACGCACGUGCUUUUGCACACCGAGCUGCGCUGGACGGCGACGUGGACACCUUGAAGAUGCUGGCCAACACAGACACCUCCGCCCUGAUGGCGCCGACAGACACGGGCAUGACCCCGUUCCUCACCUGCUGCGCCACGGGCCAGCUUGCCGCCGCCCAGUGGUUUGUGACACAAGGGUUUGCCACCAUUGACGAGUGCGAGCACACCGUCAACGCAACCGGGCUGCACCUCGCGGCGGCCCGCAACCACCACGCCGUGGUGGAGUGGCUGCUCAGCGCAGCGCCCCACCUCGUCGACGUGCGCACCAAGGAGAACGCCACGCCACUGCGCAUUGCCGCAGAGCUCGGCUCCCGCGAGCUCGUCUCCCUCCUGCUCCACUUCCACGCAGACCCGACCAUCUCCGACAGCCAGGGCCUGACGCCGCUCGCGGUGGCCGUCAACGCGGGCCACCAAGGGGUCGCCUCCCUCCUCCAGCAGGCAUUGCAGGGGCAGCGCGUUCCCGUCAUCUCGCCACCAACCGCCACCGCCGGCAGCAGCAGCUCCAACGACAGCAGGAGCGCCUACCACGGCUCAGCACCCGCCGCCACCAGCAGCACCAGCGGUGAAGCCGUUGACCCCGCGAGCGGCGGUGCGGAGGGCGACGCGAGGGACGGGCGGCCAACAACACCGCAGUCGCCAAAGCUGCGGCGGCUGAGCGAGGACACGGGCAUCCAGCAGAUCCUGGACACGAUCAGCCCGGGCAACUACGCGCUCUUCUCCCUGGAGCGCCUCAAGGAGACGCUGGAGGACAACGUGGCCAUGAGCGGGCCCGCAACGUCAACUACCAGCAGCAGCGUCGCCACCGACGUGCCCUCCUCCCUCACGACAACGCCACCGCCGCCACCAGCAACACACGAGCAGCAACAGCAGCACUCACGUGUGAUGUUCUCGAUGGGUGCACCGUCCACGGCUGCCCCGACGCCACUCGUUUCCUCGUCAUCGUCGGCACCAGCCACGGCAACCUCGGAAUCGUUGUCGCUGUUCUUCCGCUCGGCGCUCAAGACCGAGCCCGAGCCCGAGCCCUCCGCCUCCGCCACACAGCCGCCAUUCCAAACAGCCUCCGCAACUACUACUACUACAACAGCAACAGCAACAGCGACAGCGAUAGGGUCGACGGCGCGCGCCCCGCUGCCGACGCUCAAGUCGCCGCUGCUUCGCAUCAACGACGAGGACGACGAGGCCACGCGUACACACCCGCACGGCAGCGACGCGAUGACGAUGACGAGCGGCAACCCGCUCAUGCGCAGCAUCACGGACGACCUGCGCUCCAUGGACAGCGACCAGUCGAUUGAGUUCUCCGUGGACUCGGACUGGGCGUCAGACACGUCCUCCGUGUACUCGCCGCACGACCCAUCGGCGACCACAGGCAGCACCAGCGGCAGCACGAGGGCAAGCACCACAAACAUCGGCGCCAUGCUACCUCGCACGGGGAGCCGGCAGGGCAGCUCGACAAACCUGACGGUGCCUGCAAGCACGGGACGCGGCGGCUCGCGGCGCGGGGGCGGCCGUCGUGGGCGCUCGCACAUCUGCCCGCACUGCCACAAGAACUUCAGCUGCAGCAGCAACCUGAAGCGCCACGUGCGCGUACACACAGGCGACAAGCCGUACCCGUGCGAGGUGUGCGAGAAGACGUUCACCAACAGCAGCAACCGACGCAAGCACGAGCGGUCAUGCCUGAACAAGCUCGUUCGCACGGGCGCCAUCCGAAAGCUGCGGGUGACGCAGGAGUUUGCCGACUACCACCGCUCCCUUCUGGCAGGCCUCGACCUGCCCAUGCAGAUCAUCCCUAAUCCAACACCCGCUGAGCAGCAGCAACACGAGCAACACCAACAACCGCACCAACAACAGCACCCACAGCAGCCACAGCAGCAGCACCAACAACAGCGGCAGUCGACGCCAACAACGUCUGCCCCAUCGUCGGCGCGCCUACCGAGCUCCCACCACCACCAACAGCAGCAGCAAGAACAACAACAACAACAACAACAGCACCAACACCAACAACAGCAGCAACAACAGCAGCAGCAGCAGCGCCACGUGAGCCAGAGCGGCAUGCCGUCGCUGCACGUGUCAACGGCGUCCCCUGCGCUGUCGCCGUUUUCGCCGGGAGGGCCCUCAUCCUCCAUGCUCUCCCCGUCCUCCCCCUUCAAUCUCCCCACCACGCCACGCAACGACGCCAUGUCGCCACACAGUGCGUGGUUCACGGCGCAGUCGCCCAUGCAGCAGGUGCUCAGCCCAGGCGUGGCCAGUGCCACCAGUGCCACCAGCCCCAUGCUGGGCGUACCGGGCACACCCAGCGCAACCGCUCCCGUUGCCUACAGCACGAACAACGGCACGAGCGGUGGUGGCGGCGGUCGGGUGGUGGCUGGUGGCCGUACACCGGGGAACAGGGGCGGUGGUGAUGCAGACAUGUCGCAGUUCAUCGCAGACUGGGUGGACUCCAUCUUCGCGCAGCCAACGCAAUCCUGGUGACACCACCACAGGGUGGUGCAUUUGGACGGGGAGAAAGUUGGUUUGUGUUGGUUGCUUGGUUGCUUAGUUGCUUGGUUGGUUGAUAGCGUAUGGGGUGGUGACGGUGCUGAUGAUGAUGACUCGAGUGAAUAGUGAGACGAGAUGUGCCAUAUGUUCUGCCUGACUCUUUUUGAGACUGUACACACCUCCCGAGGUUGCUGUCAUUGUCGCUAUCGCAUUGUUUGUUCGUAUGUUUAUGCGUCGUUUGUCCUCCUUGUUACCUGCGUGUUGUUGGGUUGCGCAUGCCGAAUACAGCGACAACCAUGUCAUGCAUGCCCGUUCGUUUAGCUGUCUUGCUGUCUUGUGUUUCGUGACCCCUCUUCGCCCCUUUGGCUGUCACAUGGUGAUGGAUGGGGCUUGGUCGGUAAUUCUUUUUCAUGUGUCAGUGGUUUGGAAUGUACAUGUGUGGCUGUAUGCAGACGGCGUGUGUGUGUUUGCUUGUAUGGUGAUGGCCUGUGCAUGUACUCUUUCUGUGUAUUGUGACCACCGCGUGCAAGUGCUGCAUGCGCGCUUCCUUAAGGCACCCUGUUCUUGCGCUUUGUUCGUUCUCUUGAGAUUAGAAGAUACACCGACA